CCGGACCAAGCCUACACGUCAGUGGUGUUUACCCGAUCAGCUGUCGUGCCGCUCCCUGGUAGACACACGUUGCUUUAAGACUCGACACACUCACACGCAGUUUCACCCUAUACCAACACCCUCCAGCACCCUAGAAAUACCAAAUAAGGAAGAAUAUCGUGGAGACUAACGUGAUUUCAAGCAGUGAGAGGCUACUACAGAUGCCAUACCAACGGAACAUUUGAUACACCGGUUGUUCCGCCUCACGCAAUCACAUACAAGCAUUACGUAAGGAAGCAUAAGCAAAAACAACAUAAUUUCCAGCAUAUAGACAGAGACCACCACAUAUGUUGCACCAGCGGGACACUUGAUACACACACACAGUUCCACCUCACGCAAUCACAUACUGUCACUUGUACGUAAGGAAACAUAAGGAAGAACAUCAUAACAAAUACAAGCACUACACAAGGAAGAACAUCAUAACACAUACAAGCACUACAUAAGGAAGAACAUCAUAACACAUACAAGCACUACAUAAGGAAGAACAUCACAACACCUACAUUAGGAAGAACAUCAUAACACAUACAAGCACUACAUAGGGAAGAACAUCGUAACACAUAUAAUCACUACAUAAGGAAGAACAACGUAAUUUCUAACAGGGCGAGACCACCACACAUGCAAGAAAGGUGAAAAUAUGGAAGUGCUCUACCACCAGACCAAUCGGCUGCUGCAGGAAGUGACCUCGCAGGACCUGAUCAGAAUCCAGAGGGCGCCCGCCAGCGAGGACUGCAAUGAGGCCGAGAACCUGGUGGUGCAGAAGCUGGAUGCCAUACAUGCCAACUGCAAUCGCUUGGACAUCCUGAUCAACAAGGAGCCGGCGGCCAGAAGAGCAACAGCCAAGUACCGUGUCGACCAGCUCAAAUAUGACCUCAAACACGUACAGAAUUCCUUCGGGAUGCUUCAACAUCAAAAACAAAUGCGGGUGCGUGAGGUGGAGGAGAGGGAGGCGCUGCUGUCGAGGAAGUUCACCACCAAUGACCAGCAGGAAACGUCCAUCUUCCUCGACCAUGAACUCCAGCACCACGACAAGCUGGGGGAGGCGAAUCGUAACAUGGACGAGAUGCUGGGCGCUGGAAGAAGCAUACUGGAGGGCAUCCAAGACCAGGGCAUGACGCUGAAGGGGGCAAGGAAGAAAGUACUGGACCUCGCCAACACCUUAGGGCUCUCCAACACCGUGAUGCGUAUGAUAGAAAGGCGCUCCACCCAGGACAAGUACAUCCUCUUUGCUGGCAUGGUGAUUGUCCUCCUCUGUCUGUAUCUGGCGCUGCGGUACCUAUGAAGACCGAUGAGUGACGCUCGGACAUGUUCUGAUACUGUGGGGUUUGUUUGUCUAUGGUUCCAUCUGUGCCGUUCUGAAAUAUGAGGACAGAUUUACUCUGGGGUUUGCUUAUUGACAUCGGAAGCACCAAGGACAGAAUUAUGAAGAUCAAUAAGUUACGCUGGGACACAUUCUGAUACUCUAGGAUUUGUUAACAUUGGCGUUGGUGGCACUGUGAGGUAUACUGACUAAUAAAUGAUUGGACGGAUUUCUUUACUCUUGGGUUUGUUUAUUGACAUAUGUAGCACCAAAGAACAGAAAUACAAAGAUAAAUAUAUGGCGUUGGGACUCGCUCUGAUGCUCUAUGUUUUGUUUAUUUCCAUCGGCAUAUGAGGACAAGUCAGUCAAUCCUUGAUGAGGCCAAGAAUGGUGUUAUCAGAUGCUUCAGGUUCCUGUUACGAGUAUUCUUUAACCCGGUAGCUGCGGGGAUCAUGUUUCUAAAAGGUCCCUCUAAGCAAGAAAAAUGAGAAAAAAUCAUCACUCAUGCAAACCAUUUCAUAAUACAUAUAUAUCAACGCAUUUGUGAUCAGUUUAUGUAUCAUCUAUUUUGGGGGGUUUAUAUCUUGGCAGCAAUUUGGCCCGUUGCUGCUACACGGUAAAGCCACAAAUUUGGCCCUUUGCUGCUACCAAGUUAAGGCCAGAGAAGAGCUACGCUAGGUUGUCAUGAGAGUUUUUCCUGUUCAUAGUUGCCCAUUUCUUGUUCUUGAGCUGUUAUUUUAUUUUAUGGCAUCAAAACAGAAUUGAAAUACCGUCUCUAGUUAGUUUGAAGUUUCAAGUUGCCAAAAGAGUGAUCAUUUGUAUUGGUAAGGCUAAAAGAAGUAUUAGCAUUGAUCGAAUAUCACCUAACAAAAGACAGUUUUCAUUUGUGAUUUAUCGUGAUCGUUUUAACUUCACUUCUCCUGCCACAAACAAGCUUGGUAUUUGUUGAGUCUCGAGAAACAAAACAUUUAUUAGCAAAAUUGUUUAUAGUCAGUCAUAUUUUUACAAUCAUCUCUCAUUACUCUCUCCUCUCAGCUUUUCACCGUGAUAAAGGCUAAACUAAACUCAGCAACCUUAUCCUGUGGCUGUGUCCAAUGUGUAGGAAGAACCAUGGAUGAAAGUCAAUUUUAAUGUAGGAUUUGCAUAUCACUUUGCUAUACAACACACAGCUAAGCAAAGAUAUGGGUUGGUAUUAUAAGACACUUUGGCUUCUCACAUCAACUAUUUCUGAAGGUCAAAAAGGGCGUCAAUUGGGUUCUAAUGAGUGUUUCCUUAGGUUCAUGGUACAGAAGAAGGGUCAGACUACCACCAGGGUCAUAAAACUACUUCUGGAAAUGCCCCAACUACGAAAGCCUUGUCAAAUAGGUGAACUUUGGCGACGAAAUGUUUAGUAAUACGGCCUGUGAUCCCACCAUAGAUUAAUCUGGACUAAAUGAAUGCUCAGAAAAAUUUAUUCUCUCUCCCAGCUGGCUCUCCAACCUAAUGAUUAAGGUCUUGAUGUGAACAAACACUAUCUUUGCUGUUUGCUGAUAUCUGUGAAGGCAGCAGAAUCAGUACUCAUUCCUCCACAUCACUGUUUGGCCUGCAUCAGGUCAUGUUACCCGCAGUCUCUUGUCAUGCUGAGGGAGUGAACAAAUACAGUCCUCUUUGUUUAUUUGGUAAUGCGAGAAUCUUUUACACAUAUUAUACGCCAGAUAUGUAUUGCACCUCUGUAAUGAUGUAUGUACCAAUGUAUUAUUAUGGUUGUAUUUCCUGCUUUACGAGCACUCCACUUGCAAAUAGUUUUCCCGGCAUUGCCUGGAAGAAAGCUCCACCAGGGGAGUGUAGGAACACCAGCAGCAGACAGGACGGCUGCCUCAGAAGCUGUUCACUGCAUCCAGCACACAACUUUACCUGUGCACAUAUCAUCGUGUCUUGUAUUCCACUGCUCCCUCAGCCCUGCCACUCCUCCCUCAGCCCUGCCACUCCUAAUGUCUUUGCUGUGUUCAUAAAUGUGUGUGUACUAUUACUGGAAGAUAAAAGUGGAAUGCCAGCCAGGAAAGGAAAUGUUUUUCAGAGCAUGCAUCUAUAGUUUCUAUGCCUUCCGGUGUAGUAUGUUUGAUGUCUGAUAGACAAUAGGAUUGUGCCUGCAGUUUUCAUCAGCAGGUCAAUCAAGUAUUAUGGUAACAACCAUGAAUACCAAGGCCCUGUGACAGUGCUGUGUGGGAAAUGUGUGUGUCAGGGAGGCCGUGUGGCCUGAGGAAGGUACUGCUGGGCCAUGCAGUGAUCUGUGGUGCAGGACAGGUGGGGUGGCCCACCUGCCAUCACCUGAGGUGCUCACCCACACUAGCAUUUUAGAACUAUUUCUUCAUACCAGAGUGGUUGUAUUAAAGGAUCAUAUCAGUGGUGAAUGUUUUAUGAACCUACUAUGAUGGAGGAUGGAAAUAAAGUAAUCAACCAUAUUUUUAUUCAUGUCAAGAGGCUCAGUGUCAUGAAAAGAGCCGUCAGGUCUGAUGGCCAGCGCAUCAUUAUACAGACUCAGAGUUCAGUAAUACAUCCAGAUUCUUUAGACUUCCCCAGAGCCAGUCAGUCAGACUGUAUCUAUCUAUAUAUCUAUCAAUAUAACAACCUAUCUAUAUCAAUAUUUAUUUAACAUUUAUCUAUAUCAAUCUUUUUUAUUGGACCAAUAAAAUGAUGCUAAGAGAUUUGUAAUACGUGAUAAGAUGAGGAAUAAAGGGCUGAACCUCAUGUCAGAUGUUUA